UUUUUAAAUUAGAGUCUGUCUCUCUGAGCUGUGAGGUUCAGGGGAACUCUACUGGAUGGAGAGUGGUGAGGAACACAUCGAGAGGAAUCCUUUCAGAGUGUAAUACUGACUGGGGAAAACAACAAGGGUCUUCAUGCAUUGUAUCACUAAUACCAUCAGACAGUGGAGUGUACUGGUGUGAGUUUGGGUCUGGAGAACACAGCAAUGCUGUCAACAUCACAGUACCUGCUGGAGCUGUGAUCCUGGAGAGCCCUGCCCUUCCUGUGACUGAGGGAGAUUCUGUGACUCUGCGCUGCAGAUAUCAGGGAACUCCCUCUAACCUCACAGCUGAUUUCUACAAAGAUGGAUCCCUCAUCAGGACUGAGACUACAGGAGAGAUGACCAUCCCUGCAGUAUCCAAGUCAGAUGAAGGACUCUACAAGUGUACCAACUCUGAAGGAGAAUCACCAGAGAGCAGGAUGUCUGUGACAGGUCUCUCAGGUCUCUCAGGUCUCUAUCCUCCAGCCUCUCUAAGCAUCAGACCUAACAGAUCUCAGUUUUUUAAAUUAGAGUCUGUCUCUCUGAGCUGUGAGGUUCAGGGGAACUCUGCUAGAUGGAGAGUGGUGAGGAACACAGAGAGAGGAAUCCUUUCAGAGUGUAGUACUGACUGGGGAAAACAACAAGGGUCUUCAUGCAACGUCUCACUAAUACCAUCAGACAGUGGAGUGUACUGGUGUGAGUUUGGGUCUGGAGAACACAGCAAUGCUGUCAACAUCACAGUACAUGCUGGAGCUGUGAUCCUGGAGAGCCCUGCCCUUCCUGUGACUGAGGGAGAUUCUGUGACUCUGCGCUGCAGAUAUCAGGGAACUCCCUCUAACCUCACAGCUGAUUUCUACAAAGAUGGAUCCCUCAUCAGGACUGAGACUACAGGAGAGAUGACCAUCCCUGCAGUAUCCAAGUCAGAUGAAGGACUCUACAAGUGUACCAACUCUGAAGGAGAAUCACCAGAGAGCAGGAUGUCUGUGACAGUGAAUGCACUAAUGGAGGAGGGGUCAAUGUCAGUGAUGGCAUAA